AUGGAUAUUCUUGUGGUGUUUUUAGACUCUCGGAAACAGUAUCUUGCAAGAUACAUUCCGUGGGAUGAUGACAUAUAUGCCUUUGAAGGGUCCACAGCUGAAGAUUUGCACAGAGAGCCAUCAGAAAGCACAAGAUCGGGAAACACUUCUUUUGAGAAUGAAAUGUCUGGUGAUAGCAAUUUAAUCACAACAGGCAUUCGUAAUAUUAUUGAAUCCCCAUCAGGAUUUUAUCCUGAAAUGAAAACAACUGACUAUGAUGACCUAUACCGCACAUCCUCUGGAGAUUCUGAUCUAGAGGAAACAGGGUCCAGCAUGCCAACAGUACAAGUGGUCAAGGGUAGAGAUUAUCCUUACAUUAGCCCCACGGGCGUUUACAUUCCUGCCAGAGAAGUCACUAACCGCACAAGAAUGCCAUACACACGCCACAGAGAAACACUAGAUGUGGAGUUGGAGUCGCUUCCCACCCAUGAUAUAUCAGAGGGAGAAGUUACUGACAUGUUGGAUGCACUAGGGGUGUCGAGCACAAUAGGCGUAUAUGAAGUGGAAGGAUCCCAAACUGACCUAACAGCUUAUCGCCUAGAGCCAAGUGUACAGAUUAGGAGGGAAACAAGGUUUGUUUAUCCAUACGGGUUCCCCAAAGAAUUCUCAGUUGUCACAACCUUUAGAAUGAGAGAAGAUACCCCUGAUAUGGUAUGGAAUCUGUGGGAGGUAACUGACAGAUAUGGUGACGCGCAGUUCCGACUCCGACUGUAUGGUGAGACCAACGCUGUUGAACUUUACAACGUGGCAGCUGUGGGAGAAGAGGUCACCACUUUUGAGAAUGUGGGACAGCUGUUUAACCGGGCCUGGCACAAGCUCUCCCUUAGUGCCACGAGAACCCAGCUGACUUUGUUUGUUGAUUGUCAGCAGGUUGGCACAUCUCCCAUUCGACAGUAUGGAUUCAUUGGCACUGAUGGAGUUACUAUUUUGGCUACAAGAGCAAGGAAUGAUGCUACCCUUCCGGUUGACGUACAACAGUUCAAAGUAUAUAGCAACCCAAGUAAGGCGACUGAGGUGAUCUGCUGUGAAUUGCCCGGUGUUGAUUAUCGAGGUGACAAAGGCACUCCUGGAUUGCCCGGAUCUCGGGGUAGAAAGGGUUACCGAGGUUUUAAAGGGGCCCAAGGAAGACGAGGCGAUCCAGGACCAAGGGGUGAAGAAGGUGAAGAGGGUUCCCAUGGAGAUCCAGGUUACUCAGGAGCUAUGGGUGUUCCUGGACCCUACGGAGACAAAGGUGUGCCUGGCGAACAAGGGGAAAAGGGUACUGUUGGAUUUUCAGGACCACAAGGGGAACCAGGACCCAAGGGUGAAAUUGGUGAUAUUGGAGAAGCUGGUGAAGAAGGCAGUGCUGGUUCCUCUGGCGAAGUGGGUUCUCUGGGAAACCCAGGGCCACCAGGACCAUCAGGCAUCAAGGGAUUAAAGGUGAUUUUCAACAAAUUAUUGUCUUUUGUUUUUGAACAGCAUCUGAGGGUAAAUUGUGUUGAGGAAAUAGAUCUAGAAUAUUCCUUUAAAGGAUUCCCUGGUGAUCCUGGAUACUCAGGAGAUAUCGGGGAACUAGGAGAUAUGGGUGCAUUUGGGAUUGCAGGAAUACCUGGUAGUUAUGGUUACCCAGGUGGUGAUGGCCCUCCGGGAAUACCAGGAGUACAAGGUGAAACUGGACAAAUGGGAGCAAAGGGAGAUAAAGGUGAUCCAGGACCAAGAGGACCACAAGGUCCACGUGGUUUUCCAGGGCCGGAAGGUGACGCAGGGGAACCAGGGAUAACUGGAAAGCCAGGUGCAAAGGGACUGAAAGGCUUACCGGGUGCACAAGGUGAACCAGGUCCUGAUGGCCAGAAGGGUGAAACUGGAAGAAUUGGAUUUCAAGGCAGAACAGGACCCAAGGGCGACAAAGGUGACAUAGGCGACAAAGGACAGCUUGGGCAACAUGGCCCGGCAGGAGAUACUGGAAUCGAAGGCAGACGUGGUGUGCCUGGAAUUCCUGGACCACGAGGCUUUCCAGGACCCAUUGGAGAGAGGGGUGAACCUGGGCCAAGAGGAGAACCAGGACCUAUAGGAGCACAUGGUCCAGGAAUGCCCCUGGAACAAGUUUAUGAAUUGUGCAAAAGUGUAGUGAAUGAACAAAUAGCAAUCUACGCAUCUGCGAUCAGGCGGACAUGUGCAAGGGCGUGCCCAGCCAAUAACGUAACAUUAAUAGGACCCCCUGGUCCUCCUGGAUUACCAGGGAAACAAGGAGAACAAGGUGAAUCUGGUAACUCAGGAAAUCCCGGUAAACCUGGGCCAAGGGGUAGACAAGGACUAGCUGGAUCAAUGGGUGCUCCUGGAGAGAGAGGAGAUAAAGGUGAAAAAGGUGUAAAAGGAACUCAAGGAGUUGGACUUCCUGGAACAGAAGGACUACAAGGACCUAGAGGAUAUUCGGGAUACCCAGGUUUUGCUGAAGAGGGAGAGCCAGGUCCAAAGGGCCCAGUCGGAUACAGUGGGCCUCCAGGUCAGCCAGGAAUGCCUGGUGAGCCAGGGGUUCCUGGCAUUUGUGAAGCUAGCGACUGUGGAAUCCAUGCUGCUGCUCUCCAGGCCCAAUAUGGACUUCUGAGAGGACCAAAUUAUUAG